AUGGCGUCUAAGGUGAACCUCGUCUUGGCGUCGAGCCGGAUUACUCUCAUCGCCAGCUUCAUCGCCGCCUUUAUACUAAUGCCUUCUGGGUGCUGGGCUCAGAGCACCAUGAGCACGACUGUCCACAGCGACUUCUUCGAAGGCGACGUGCGCAUCGUUGUGGGUCCCAACCGUAACCAGAUCCGCGUGCAGGCGGACUUGCCGGGCUGGGCUAAGUCGGUCACACCCAAGAAGGAGUAUCUCGUGGAAACGUACCCUUUUCCGUCUAACUUCUCCUCCCUCACGGACGUGAAGCACCUCAUUAUGACCUUCGCCCCUUCCAACUGCUACCCCAUCUGUGAGUGUGAAGUGAACACCUCAUGCCUCCUCAGAACCGAUCUUCUCUUAAAACCCAGGGUCCACAGGUUUCUUAGGUAG